AUGGCGAGCGAAGACAAGCGCGUGUGCGAAGGCGCCGACUGCAAUAACGAGGCAGGCUCGCUGCAAUGUCCCACCUGCCAAAAGCAGGGCAUGGCCAGCUUCUUCUGCAGCAACGACUGCUUCAAGCGCAACUGGAGCGAGCACAAGAAGAAGCACAAGUCAACGAGUAACCCUCUCCGUUCCAUAUUUGCUCCGAGUGUCAUUUCUGAACCUGACCCAGCAACCGGCACACACAACCCCUUCCCUACCUUCCCUUUCACCGGCGACCUCAGACCCGUCUACCCUCUGUCGCCCAAGCGCAAGGUCCCCGAACACAUCCCACGCCCCGACUACGCCAAAGAUGGUAUCCCGCGCUCCGAGCAGGUCUUCGUUGGUCGCAACAAGAUCACCAUCCUCGACAAGGCCCAGCAAGAAGGCAUGCGCAAGGUCUGCAGACUAGCACGUGAGGUCCUCGAUAUCGCUGCUCGUGCCGCUAAGCCCGGUGUCACUACCGACUACAUUGACGAGGUCGUCCACAAUGCCUGUAUUGAAAGAGACUCAUACCCCUCGCCUCUGAACUACUGCCACUUCCCAAAGUCUGUCUGCACUUCAGUCAACGAGUCCAUCUGCCACGGUAUCCCCGAUCAGCGUGUCCUCAAGGAUGGAGACAUCAUCAACAUCGACGUUACUCUGUACCACGGAGGAUUCCACGGCGAUAUUAACGAAACCUACUAUGUUGGCGACAAGGCCCUCGCCGACCCUGAUUCCGUUCGUGUUGUCGAGACUGCCCGCGAGUGUCUCGAUGAGGCCAUCAAGAUCGCAAAGCCCAACACCCUCUUCAGAGAGUACGGCCCUGUCAUCGCAAAGCAUGCCGAGGACAGAGGUUGUAGUACAGUCAAGACUUACUGCGGUCACGGGAUUAACACUUUGUUCCACUGCGCACCCAACGUCCCUCACUACGCCAAGAACAAGGCCAUUGGCAUGGCCAAGCCCGGCAUGUGCUUUACCAUUGAGCCCAUGAUCUGUCUCGGAACCCACAAGGACCGAACAUGGCCUGACAACUGGACCAGUGUCACUGUUGAUGGCAAGCGCUCUGCUCAAUUCGAACACACUCUGCUCGUGACAGAGACCGGUGUUGAGGUCCUGACUGCACGUCUGCCCGACUCACCUGGUGGUGCUGUUCCCUGGCCUGGAACAGCAAACGGUCUCCCUGCUGCCGCAUAG